AUGGAUUUUGUGAUGGGAAGUGGUGGUAAUUCCGGUGAUGAACAAGAGGUUUUUCAAGGAUGUCCUCAUCCCGAUGACAAUCAACGGCGUCAAUUAGGCAGGGAAUUGGGUCUUGAUCCUAAGCAAAUUAAGUUUUGGUUUCAAAAUAAGAGAACUCAAACAAAGGUGGCUCAGAAUGAGAAAGCUGAUAACUCAGUUCUCCGGGCAGAAAAUGAAAGAAUCCAAGCUGAAAACUCAGCUAUCAGAGACGCCCUAAAGAAUGUGAUUUGCCCAUCAUGCGGUGGACCUCCCUGUGGAGAAGAAGAACGUCAACUUUGCCUACAGAAUUUGCAUUUGGACAAUGCUCGCUUGAAAGAAGAGCAUGAAAAGUUAUCCAACCUUCUUGCAAAAUUCAUAGGCAAACCAAUUCCACAUAUUGAUGCAUUGAUGCCUAUUCCUGGAUCAACAUUUGGUGCUUCAUUGCAACCAAAUUUUCAGAAUCAAGCAAUGGGGAGAGCUAAUCUCGAUCCUGAUCUUGGCUCGGGGCCACUGGACAACAUUUCGUUACCUUUUCAAUUUAAAGGAAUCACAGAUGUGGAGAAGACAAUCAUGGUAGAGACUGCUACUAAUGGAAUGGAUGAAUUGAUUAGGCUUCUUCGAAUCGAUGAACCCUUGUGGAACAAGUGCUUAACGGACGGAACAUAUGUUAUUAAUCGAGAUAGUUAUGAGAAGAUAUGCAUUAGGGCUAGUCACUUCAACAGUUCAAGUGCUCGCUUUGAGUCAUCAAAGGAUUCAAGGAUAGUGAAUAUGAAUGCAAUGCAAUUGAUUGACAACUUUUUAGAUUCGGAUAAAUGGGUGGAUAUAUUUCCAACAAUUGUUACAGAAGCAAGGACGAUUCAAGUUCUUGAAGAAGGAAUUCCGGGAAAUAGGAGCGGUUGCUUGCAAUUGAUGUAUGAGCAAAUGCACAUUCUGUCUCCCUUGGUGGCACCUCGAGAGUACUAUUUCCUUCGCCAUUGCCAGCAAAUUGAACAAGGGCUAUGGGUCAUGGUGGAUGUAUCUUGUGAUUGGCCACCCCAAGAAAAUAUUUCACCUUCUCGUUGUUGGAGGCUUCCUUCUGGUUGCAUGAUUCAAGAAAUGCCUAAUGGAUGUUCCAAUGUAACUUGGGUAGAACAUGUGGAAGUUGAUGAUAAAAGCCAAACUCAUCGGCUUUAUAGAGAUCUCAUGUGCAGUAGUUCUGCCUAUGGAGCAGAAAGGUGGGUUGUUACUCUUCAGAGGAUAUGUGAAAGACUAUCUUUCUCCAUGGAUGAAACCUUACCUACUCAUGAACUUGGAGGAGUGAUAAACUCGCCUGAAGGUAGAAAGAGCAUAAUGAAGCUAGGGCACAGAAUGGUGAAGAAUUUUUGUGGAAUUUUAAACAUGUCAAGCAAACUAGAUUUCCCUCAGUUAUCUGAAGUAAACAAUAGUGGCGUUAGAGUGGCUGUUCGCCAAAACAUACAAGAAGGCCAGCCCAGUGGAACCGUUGUCAGCGCGGCUACCUCUCUCUGGCUUCCACUCCCUACUCAGAAUAUCUUCAAUUUUUUCAAAGAUCCUAAAAUGCGAGUUCAUUGGGACACUCUUUCAAAUGGAAAUCCUGCAAAUGAGAUUGCACAUAUCUCAAAUGGUGCUCACCCGGGGAACUAUACUUCCAUUAUAAGGCCGUUCGUCCCAACUGAGAACAACAUGUUAAUGCUUCAAGAGAGUUACAUAGAUGUGUUAGGGUCGAUGAUUGUGUAUGCUCCGAUAGACAUACCAUCAGUGAACCUUGCUAUAAGCGGAAAGGAUUCUUCAGAUAUUGCAAUACUUCCAUCUGGUUUUAUAAUCUCUGGUGAUGGGCGUCCAGAUAACAACAAUGGAGCUUCAACUAGUUCAAACUCUGGAAGCCCCGCUGGUUCCAGUGCUGGUGGUUCACUUCUCACAGUGGCUCUUCAGAUAUUGGUUUCAUCUUCAAAGGAGGUCAACGUGGAAUCUGUGGCCACCGUCAACACCCUUAUCAGCUCCACUGUUCAGAGGAUAAAGGCCACUUUGAAUUGCUGUAAUUUGGAUUGA